GAUACUAAACUUAAACAUGAACCAUUAAUUCUCGAUGGUGGUUAUGUAGAUUGGAUGACAUUUUAUCCUGGCGAGAGUACAGCUCCGUUAAUUCCAAAAAUAACUACUGGAGGACUACGAUCAUUUGAGGUAUCUUAUCCGGAUGAUAUAAUUCAAUCGGAAGAAGUACCAAGUGAUGCAGCAACUGCUGCUCAACCUGAAGCAGCAGCUAUUUCACCAGCUGUAGUUCCACAAAUCGAUCGAACUCGAAAACCAAUAAAUAAUCAAAAACCUGAACAUGAGGAAAUAUCAAUUAAACCUGCAGAAGAAGAAGAACAGCAACAGCCAAUAGUAAUAACAAAAGAACUACCUGAAAUACCAGAUCGAUCGAUAAAAACAAUACCAUUCACUGGACCAUCUACAGUAGUAAAUCAAGAAUUGCCCAGUACUCCAAUUAUCCCCGACAUUCCACCACGCCCAUCACCCGUACUUCCACCUAUAAAUACAACUCCUGAGGUGCCGAAACUACCCAAACCUAUCGAUAAUAAUCAAGAAAAUAUUCCACCAAUAAAUCCUGUACUAUUUUCUGUACCAAGUCGUGAAACACUCUCUAUCUAUCGUCCAUUUAAUCGAACUGUACCUGUCAAUGAUACAAAUAAUCAAUAUCAAAAGAAAUUUGAUGCAGUUACUGGUCGUAAAAUAAUUCUUGAUACAAAAAAUAAUCGAUAUAUACCAAAUCUUCCUGAAAAUGAACCAACAAAAUCAGCUGUCCCUACAUUACCAACCAUUAAUCGUGAUAUUAAACCAAUAUUAACUGAACAAACACAUCGACAAAUUGCAUAUGACUAUCGAGCAAUAACAGAUAGUUUACAGAUAAAUCGUCGUACUGGUUUAAAAAAUCUUGGAAAUUCAUGUUAUAUGAAUUCAAUAAUUCAAUCAUUAAGUUUUAAUUAUCUUCUAACAAAUUAUUUUAUAUCAGGGGAUUUUAAUAAAGAUAUUAAUACAAAAAAUAAAUUUGGUUCAGGUGGUGUCGUUGUUAAAGAAUGGUUUAAAUUACUUUAUCUGUUAUGUUGUCAACAAUAUUCAUGUCUUAUACCACAACCGUUUAAAUAUACUGUUGGUUCACUUCAACGCGCUUAUUUAGGUACACAACAACAAGAUGCACAUGAAUUUCUUGUUUUUUUACUUGAUACAUUACAUGAAGAUCUUAAUCAAACUACUCGUCCACGUAUUGAAGAACUUAAACCAGAAAAUUAUAAAACUGAUCGACAAUUAGCGGAAGCAACAAAACAUGCAUUUCAUUUACAUAAUAAAUCAAUAAUAAUUGAUCUUUUUUAUGGUUUAUUUAAAUCAACAACAAUAUGUCUUUCAUGUACAUAUAAUUCAAUUCGUUUUGAAGCAUUUGUUAUAAUAAGUGUACCAAUUCCACCUCUCCGACAAUGUUCAUUAGAUGAUUGUUUAGAUUUAUUUCGUGAAUUCGAACAUUUAAGAGGCGAAGAUCGCUAUGAAUGUUCACAUUGUAAACGUUUAUCAGAGAAAAAACGACGUUUAGAUAUUUGGGAAUUACCAAAAAUAUUUAUUGUACAUUUUAAACGUUUUCGUCUUCAACAAGCACAUUAUAUAAAAAAUGAAACAUUAAUUCGAUAUCCAACAUCAAAUAUUGAUUUUUCUCGUUGGUCACAAACUCCAUCACCAUCAAAAUAUUCUCUUGUAUCUGUUGUAAAUCAUUUUGGUUCAAUGAAUAGUGGUCAUUAUACAUCCUAUUGUAAUGACGGUAAACAAUGGUAUUACUGUGAUGAUCAAUCAAUUCGUUCUGCUGAUACACGUGAACUUGAACAUAAUGUUAAUGCUUAUCUUCUUUUUUAUUCUUCGAUACCACAACAACAAUUACGUUUACCUUUAAUUCCAAAUUAA